UUCAGGCCCCGCCUCCUCACCGCGCUAUCGUUGAGGUCUUUCCUGAAGGCGUGGCUUUCUCCUCAGGCCAUUCCUUCGCCGCGCUAUUGGCUUGGUCUUUCUGGAAGGCGCAGCUUUCUCCCUCAGGCCCCGCCCCUGCUGCCGUGUUUGCAGAGUCUCUUCCGGUAGGCGCGGUCUUCUCCUCAGGCCCCGCCCUCGUCCCGUCGUAUAAGAGCGACGCGGCCUCGGGUCCCCAGCGGUCUUCAGUCCUGUGUCCCACACUUGCUUGUGCAUAGUUCGAGCCUGCUGCGUUUGCUCGCGGUCUCUAGCUCUUUCUUAUCGCGGGUUCGAGCACCGGGCCGGUGUGGCUUUGGGUCCGCGACCGUCUCCACAAUGCUGUUCGAUAAGGUGAAGGCGUUCGUGGUAGAGCUGGACGGGGCACGCGCGGGCACCGAGCCCGUGUUCCACGGAGGCCAGGCCGUGGCAGGCCGGGUACUGUUGGAGCUUGCCGGCGCGGCGCGCGUGGGCGCCGUCAGGCUGCGCGCUCGGGGCCGCGCGCGCGCGCACUGGACGGAGUCGCGCAGCGCGGGCUCCAGCACCGCUUAUACUCAGAGUUACAGCGAGCGCGUGGAGGUCGUGAACCACCGCGCCACGCUGCUCGCGCCAGACUCGGGGGACGCCGCCACGCUUCCCGCUGGACGCCACGCGUUUCCCUUCAGCUUCCAGCUGCCCAUCUCCCUGGUGACAUCCUUCGAGGGCAAACAUGGCAGCGUCCGCUAUUCCAUCAAAGCCACCCUGCACCGGCCGUGGGUCCCUGCGCGCCGCGCCCGGAAGGUGUUCACUGUCAUUGAGCCCGUGGACAUAAACACACCUGCGCUGCUGGAGCCCCAGGCUGGAGCCCGGGAGAAGGUGGCGCGAUCCUGGUACUGCACCCAUGGCCUCGUGUCGCUCUCAGCCAAGAUUGACCGCAAAGGUUACACUCCAGGCGAAGUCAUCCCUAUCUUUGCGGAGAUUGACAACGGUUCCACACGACCCGUGCAGCCCCGCGCCUCCCUAGUACAGACGCAGACCUUCAUGGCCCGGGGCGCCCGCAAGCAGAAGCGCGCCGUCGUGGCCAGCGUGGACGGGGAGCCUGUGGGCCCCGGUCGCCGUGGGCUGUGGCCCGGUCGUGCACUGCGUAUUCCGCCAGUGGGCCCAUCCAUCCUGCACUGCCGCGUGCUCAGUGUGGACUACUCCCUCAAGGUCUUCGUGGACAUCCCAGGCUCUUCCAAGCUGCUGCUGGAGCUGCCGCUGGUCAUUGGCACCGUCCCCCUGCACGCUCUGGGCAGCCGCUCUGCCAGCGUGGGCAGCCGCACCAGCUUCCUACAAGCCUGGGGCCUGUGCACCCUGACGGAUCGGCCAGAGGCCCCGCCUGAGUACUCGGAGGUGGUGAGGGAGAGCCCACUGGUAGCUGCGUCGUCGUCACAGGGGCCCUCCUCCCCCCUGCACGACCCAGGGCUGACCACGGAAGGGCCCUACUUUGCCUGUCUCCAGGAGUUCCGCUACCGCCCACCUCCUCUGUACUCCGAGGAGGACCCUAACCCACCCUCGGGGGCUGUGAGGCCACGCUGCAUGACCUGCUGAUCCGUGGGCUGACGCCUCGGUGCUAGGUUCACAGUCUUUGGCCACCGAAGACCUGCCCUCUGCUUUGGGAACAGCGUUAGGUGAGGUCGCGUGUUCUCCAACGUCGCCCAGGAGCAGCAUGGCUUCCGUGGACGGUUCCUCUUCUCAGAGCUUCCGGAUCUCUGCAUUUGGCCCACCAACGAGGGAGGCCGUGCUAGGCUCGUCUAGGGGAUUAGAGUUGGGAGAGAUGAAUCUAGGCGCGGACACUUCCGGUCUCACAGUCAGAACAGCAGAAGUCCAGAGGGGAGGCCGAGGCUUCCAAGGGGCAUUGAUGCGUGAACAGCUCAGCAGACAGCGCAGAGGAAACGGUCAGAGCCCGGGCGCCCAGUCCUUCCUCCUAGUGUCCGGAGCGCAGGCAGCCGGUUAGGUGCCUUAGAUAUGGCCCCACGUGAGGUCACAAGGCAGGGGCCCAGGGACAGGCGCGAAGGGGACUCAUUGGGACCUGAGGGUCCAGGGGUUCCAGCUUUUGAGGACUGGUGGCCCAGGUGAACCCGGAGCUGGGCUCGUGAUCCUGCCAUGUUCAGAACCUCAGGCCUCCCUCAGGGGUGAGGAUCCAGACAAGGACAUCACAGGGAGAACGGGCGACUGGGGGCGGCUGGGCAAACCCCACAUCCCAGGCCUGCCAGGACCUGCCAUUUCCACGGUCUGAAGGGUCGAUCACUUUUGUAUAUUAAAUAAAUAAAUAACACACAG